GUUUGUAUAAAGGUCGCCAUCAAAAUUAUUUGGGGCUUCAUCAACAUCCAAGACUCACACCAUAGUAAAUUGUGAAGCUUAACUGCAUGAAUCUCAUGCUCACAAAUGAAAAUCUUUCAAAUGAAACUGGUUAUUAUUGAUGACAUGCAGUUAUAUCAUGAAAGGACACUGUUGCAAGGUUUUUGAACUCUUUUCUACUCAAAGUACUCUACAACAUGGGGAAUAAACUUUCAUGUUGCGCUUGCCAAAGCCCUAUAUAUGAAAGAAAACUAGAAGAUCAUUAUUUAGAAGCUUAUCGAAAUUCUUUUCCUGAUGAAAGCAUAUUUAAUCUUCAACACAUAAGUGAAAGAGAACCUGAAGAUUUUGAUGGCGAUCCUUCUACACAUCCUACUGCUGGUCCUUUGUUUAUGCAAAGAUCGAAAAGUGAUAUGCGAUAUUUUGGGGAAAGGAGGCGAAGCCAUAGUAAUUUGUUAGAAACUAGGCCAUUGAAAAAAUCAAGCUCAUGUUCCACUAUAUACCUAGAUGACAGUACUGUCAGCCAACCAAAUCCGAAAAAUACACUCAAAUGUGUAACGUUAGCAAUAUAUUAUCACAUAAGGAACAGAACUUCCAAUCGUACACUAGAUAUCUUUGAUGAAAAGCUACAUCCCUUAUCAAAAGAUAAAGUGAGUGAUGAUUAUGAUCAAAAGGAUCCUGAUCAUAGAAGCAUUUAUAGGUUUGUUCGUGCACUAUUUAAUUCUGCCCAGCUGACUCCUGAAUGUGCCAUAAUAACUCUUGUUUAUUUAGAAAGACUUUUAACCUACGCUGAAAUAGAUAUUGUUCCAAGUACGUGGAAGCGUAUUGUCCUUGGUGCCGUUUUGCUGUCUUCAAAAGUAUGGGAUGAUCAAGCUGUGUGGAAUGUAGAUUAUUGCCAAAUUCUUAAGGAUAUUUGUGUAGAAGAUGUGAAUGAACUAGAAAGGCAGUUUUUGGAAAUGCUGCAGUUUAAUAUAAAUGUUCCUGCUAGUGUAUAUGCUAAAUACUAUUUUGAUCUAAGAAGUCUGGCUGAUGAAAAUGAUUUAACAUUUCCUUCAGAAGUCUUAAAUAAAGAAAGGGCACAGAAGCUUGAAGCAAUGUCUCUUGCUUUAACUGGUGGUGGAGCGGAAGUGCAGCGAAAUGGAGUUCGAAAAUGGUCUAGUUUGGACAAUUUGGUUGCUCUUCACAAAAGUGCAGCCAUUCUUUCCUGA